UGCCCCUUCUCUGGUCACCAUGGAGCCCCUCGAUGGCUGCCCUGAUGUCCAGGCUGAGCAUGCACCCAAUGGGUAUGCAGGCCUUCUCUUGAGCCAGGCCAGUGCAGAGAUCGAAGUGGCUGGUGCGAUGGAGCUCGGCGACCUGGAACUCUCUGCAGCAGUGGACGGUCGUUCCAAGGAAGAAACAAGCUGGCUUAAGAAGAAAGCUAAAGUAAACAAGAUCUGGAAUUUUGUUAGCCGGAAGAAAGGGCCUCUGGGCCAGGGGAAGAGGCCCCAGUCCAUGAUAGUCCUCGGGGGCCCCAUGAAAACAUCCGAGAACAAGCCUAAAAUCACCUUCAUGGACCGAAUGAAAUCCAUCAAGAGGCUCCGGUCAUCUUCUGGUUUGGGCAAGGGUGCCAGCCAAAGGAGUUUCAAAGCCCAGUCCAUCCAUGACUGCCCCAGUGACCAAGAAGAUGGCCUUUGGCAGAGGGAUCUUAACAGGGUCAAGAGGCUGCCAGAUAACCAGAAACCAUUUCGCCACUCCUAUGCUGGGCAUACAGAGGGCCUGGAGGCCUGUUUUGAAGAUGUGGAGUUGAGUGCCCCAGUCCCUGAGAUGGAAGUCAGCGAUGGGAGGGGCCUCCGGGAUGUUGAUGUGCAGAUGAACGAAGACCAGGAAGAGACGUGUCCUAGAGAGUCAGAGGACAUCAAAAAUGAAGACCUGAAUGUUGCAUCCCACUCCCUGAGGGCUGCCCGGGACUGUCGGAAGCGCUGCCAGACCCUCCCCCAGGAUAUCCGUCGCAGGAGGACCUCUGACGUCUGGAGCUACCUGAAAGGGAUCUCACUGGCAAGCAAAGAAAACUCAAAGGCCACCGAGUCAGACCUGGAAGGCAAUUUCCAGGAUCUAGAGAGUGCAACGACGGGGAACUCAACUCUGUAUUUGGACUUGGAGUCAGGCCACGAAGAAAGCCCAAGCCAAGUGAGAAAGGGAAGCAGUACUAGCAAGGCCACGCACUUUGGGGGCGUCUUCAAAUUCUUCACCAAUAUGGCGGAAGCAGCCAGGAAGUGGCGAGGAUCCUCUAGGCCACCCUUUCAGGAAGAACCCAAACCUUCAUCUCAGGGACACCAGUUACAGCCACAGGAGGUCCCAGAGGAUGACGGCGUCCCAUCUUCUUUCUUGAUGAGGCUGUCGCUUCAAUCUCCCGAUUCAGGGAUCUGGGAUCAUUCCACCCUUCAGACUCCCAUGUGCAGAGACAAUGGAGAGCAGGGUCUGGACCCAGAUUCUCUUCAUGUUGCCUGCUCUUUGGGACCAAAUAGUGAAACCCAAGGUUUGAGCCAGGCUGCUCAUUCCCAGGUUGACACCUCUAACUUCUCUCCCUCAACCCUUCAGGGUGAUGACCAGAUUUCACCAGACUCUUCAGCCCAGAUCGAUACCCACGAACUCUCAGAGGCUCAGCCUUCUUCUCAAGACUUGUGUGAAAAGCCAGAAACUAUGGGCGGCUUCCUUGAAGAGAAAGAAACCCUCGAAGAAUCCUCUGAACCGAAUGAGGCUAUCAGGUCAGAGCAGGCCAUGGGUGAGUUGGCCUGUGAGAAGGGACAUAUUCAUGUCAAAGAGGAGGAGGAGGAAGAGGAUGGCCUCAGUCAGACUGAAGAGCAGGACUCUUUUGAGCUCCUGGACGAAUCAGGCAGUUCAAAGUACGGUCCCAAGUGCCGCCCAUUCCAGAUGAGCCUGUGCACCAUUGCGUCCCUCACCGAAAUCAACAACAGGAAGCCAUCUUGCCACCCUCCUCACCCGUCGCCAUCACCACCACCCUUCAAGGCUUUGGAUCGAUGCCAUUCGUUACCCCUCUCUCAGAGCAUCCCCAUGGGGCUGGACCAGGUUGGCUGGAGGAGACGCUUGCUUCUCAACCCAGCAGGCACGGUUCUAAACUCUAAGACCCUGGAAGUCCAGAGAGAGAGACGAAGGAAGAGACAGCAUUGGAAACCCCUAAAACCCGGGGCUGAGCAAGUACUCGUUAACAAGCUCUUGGGUGACAUGUUUACGGCCGUCUCUUAG